AUGAAUUUGAGUGUUAACAAUCCGCAUAAAAAUGGAUUAUUAUUCGCUGGAUUUAAUCAAGAUCAAGGGUGCUUUGCUUGCGGUAUGGAAAAUGGCUUUCGCGUAUAUAAUUGCGAUCCAUUAAAAGAAAAAGAACGACAGGAUUUUGUCGAUGGAGGGUUAAGUUAUGUUGAAAUGCUAUUUCGUUGCAAUUAUUUAGCCUUAGUAGGUGGAGGUCCCUGUCCCAAAUAUCCUCCCAAUAGAGUAAUGGUUUGGGAUGACCUUAAAAAGCAAACUGUCAUUGCCUUAGAAUUUAAUGCUCCUGUUAAGGCAGUUCGUUUAAGAAGAGAUAGAAUUGUUGUAGUAUUAGAAGGUGUCAUUAAAGUUUACACAUUUACACAACAUCCUCAACAGCUUCACGUUUUCGAAACAAAUUCAAAUCCUAAAGGACUUUGUGUUUUAUGCCCCAGUAGCAUCAAUUCAUUACUAGCUUUUCCUAGUCGUAAAACUGGCCAUGUGCAGUUAGUUGAUUUAGCAAACACUGACAGACCUCCAAUAGAUAUUCCUGCUCAUGAAUCACCUUUAUCUGCAAUUUCAUUAAAUCAUGGGGGAACAAGAAUAGCAACAGCUGGACAAAAGGGCACACUAAUUAGGGUUUUUGAUACAUCAACAGGUUGUAAAAUUACAGAACUGAGGAGAGGUGCAAAUGCUGCAGAUAUUUAUUGCAUUAAUUUUAAUCAAGAUUCAUCUCUUUUGUGUGUGUCAUCUGAUCAUGGAACGAUUCAUGUAUUCGGUGUUGAAGAUUCAAAAUUAAAUAAACAAUCAAGUUUAGCAUCUGCCACAUUCCUUCCCAAAUAUUUUAAUAGCAAAUGGAGUUUUUGUAGGUUUCAAGUUCCAGGAGGUCCCAAAAGUAUUUGUGCAUUCGGUCAAGACAAUAAAUCUGUCAUAGUCGUUUGUUCCGAUGGUAGUUUUUACAAAUUUGUAUUCGAUAGCAAAGGAGAAUGUUGUAGAGAUGUAAGUGCUCAAUUUUUGGACAUGACAGAUGAUAAAUUAUCCUGA